AUGCCCAGAAGCAGGAGUAGAACUCCGCCUUCAAAACGUGACAGACGAAGGUCAAGAUCUCGUUCAAGGGAGCGCAGGCAUCGCAAGAAAAGAAGUAGAUCCAGAUCACCCAGAUAUAGAUCACCCCCAAGGCACAGAUCAAGGUCCAUAUCUCCCAGAAGGAGGUCGCCAGUUAGAUCUCCAUCACAUAAGCGAUCACGGGAAAGGUCUCGUGAAAGAGAAAAGGAACCACACAGGAUAGAGAAAAUUGUUCUGUCUGAUUCAGAAGAGAUUGAUGAGUCCAAAAUGGAAGGCCUGGACGAAGAACAAAUGGCCAUGAUGAAGCUAAUGGGUUUUGCUACCUUUGACAGCACAAAGGGCAAGAAAGUGGAAGGCAACGAGUUGUCUGCUGUAAACUUGCAAAGGAAGAGAAGAUACAGGCAGUACAUGAACAGAAGAGGAGGUUUCAAUCGCCCACUGGAUUUUGUAGCCUAA